AUGGCGGAUACUCAGCCCUACCCUACGCUCAGCUUUGGCGUCAUCGUCGUGAUCGUUGGCGAAGAGCCGAAGCAGCAGAAGUUCCACAUCCACGAGUCACUCGCGAUCGAGAGGUCUGCCUUCUUCCGCAAAAUACUAAAGGACCCGGGGAAAGAGGCCACGGAGCAUACCAUCCCUUUGCCGGAGGACGACCCAGAUAUCUUCGCGCGUUAUGUCAAAAUCCUCUACGCCGGCCAUGCCAACUUGACCCAUGCCUCAGACGCCGAAGCGUAUACGGUACUCGGGGCAACCUUCGUUCUUGCCGAGAAACUGCAGGAUGUAAAGGCAAAGAACGAAGUUAUCAAGGCCAUCCAUAAGGUGCAGGCUGCUGAAAAAAACCUGGGCGCUUAUCUACAGAUGGUAUCGACAAUCUAUUGCGGCACGCCAAAAGCUUCUCUCGCUCGCUGCUAUGUCAUGCAUCACCUCUCGGAGCGUCGUUUUUAUGGCUGGACGAUUUUGGCUCUGCAAGAGGCUUUGACCGAGUUGGAGAACAUGUCCGCUGAGCUUGUGAGGGAUCUGGUGUCCUAUCUUAUUACCACCACGAAGUCUCCAUAUUCGUACGGACACGACUUUGAAAAGUAUCUCGAGGACGAGAACAUGGCUGAUACGAACUGAGCCGAAUAUGUGUACAGCAUGGUGACCCCUCAGAAUCUACAGCUUUUGCAAAUCCAAGAGCGUUUAUCACAUUUCUCG